ACGCAAAGUUCUCUCGUGGGUGGCUUGAACGUUUUAAGCGAAGACAUAAGCUGGUAGAACGCGUCCGGACGCAACUCGCACAGAAGGUUCCAGAAGAUACGCCCUUAAUUGUUAAAAACUUUCUUCAAACUUCGCGCAUUCAUGAAGUGCCAAUUAAAACUACAGGAAAUGAUAAAUUACAUUUUACAGUAGUCUUGGGCUAUACUGCAUCUGGAGACAAACUUCUACCGGCUAUAAUUUUCAAGUUAAAAAAAACACCGAAGACAGAUUUGAUGAUCUCCACUUAUAUUUCACGAGUUAUUCGAGCUAGGUCGAAUGGUUUUUUUAAGAAUAAAGGUAUAAUCUUUGUUGAUCGUCAUAGUAGUCAUAUCCAUGAUGACGUG